AUGACAGCCGCAUUACGGGAUGGCGAGAUAUGGGUGGCCGGUUUCAACGGCAGCAUCGAUGGUGCUGCUAUAUGGAUACAACCCGGCAAAGAAGAGCCCACGUUGGACCGGCCUGAUUAUUUCGCUCAGCUAUCCGAUCAAACACGGCGCUGGAUCGUGCAGCACUUCUCACUCGUAUAUCGCGAACUGUACGCAUCAGCAUAUGCCGCCGGCCCAAUCAUCCGCACACAAUCGUGGCAUCUCGGUUUCAUCGGUGUUCUACCUCAACUCCAACGACGUGGCCUCGGUCGCGCUCUCGUGAAUGCUGUCAUUGCCAACGCUGGCCAUGCGGAAUAUCCAGUGACCGUCGACGCGUCCGUUUUGUCCUCAGUCUAUUUCCUUCAAAGUCUCGGAUUUGUACAUCGAGGUGUCAAGAACUUCACCUGUCCCAAAGGGAGCUUUCCUCUUUGGUGCCUCAUGCGGCCACCAACGUCCACACGCGGAUCACGAUAA